AAAGGAAGGACGUUGCCUAAGCAGAAGGAGCAUAUUCUCAAGAGACAGAGCCUGUGUCCACCACACCAAUCUCAGACCCCUGGAAAGACUCGCAUUGGCUCCAGCCCAGCCUUCCAGGGAGAGAGCAGAAAUCUAAUUCCUGAAUCUCCAUCAUGAAUUGGCACAUGAUAAUCUCUGGAUUUAUCGUAGUGGUGCUUAAAGUUGUUGGAAUGACCUUAUUUCUACUGUACUUUUCACAGAUUUUUGGCAAAAGUAAUGAUGGCUUCAUCCCCACAGAGAGCUACGGAACAGUCUCACAGACUUUUGGAAGCAGUUCCCCAACCCCUGACAGCUUCAUUCCCACGAGGAGCUAUGGAACAGUCUGUCCAAAAUCCUGGGACUUUAAUCAAGGAACGUGUUUUUUAUUAUCCACUUCUGAAUCACCCUGGAAUGAAAGCAGAGACUUUUGUGAAAGGGAAGGGUCUACUUUGGCAAUUGUCAACACGCCAGAGAAACUGAAAUUUCUACAGAACAUAACUGGUGCUGAAAAGUAUUUUAUUGGCCUAAUGUACCAGCGUGCAGAGAAGAAAUGGCGUUGGAUUGACAACUCUGUGUUCAAUGGCAGUGUUUCCAAUCAGAAUGAGAAUUUCAACUGUGUGACCAUAGGCCUAACAAGGACAUUUGAUGCUGUAUCAUGUGACAUCAGCUACCGCAGGAUCUGUGAGAAGAAAGCCCAAUGAUCCUUGCUCUCUGUGACAAGAACAAGUAUACUUAACGGAGACAGCAAAACAGAAUGUUUGUAAUUGCAAAUGGUCUAGGAAAUACAGAACUUCAAAUUGUGGUGUCAGUCAUCCAUAGGUUACUGGCAGACCCAGGCAGACUCUACACUCUAACCCAGUGAUUCCCCAAGACCACAUGUCCCGUGAAAAUCGCACCUGCAACUCUUUUGGAAUCCACACAGGUGGUCUGGUCAAUGAUUAUUAUUUUUAGCUGUUCCUCAGCGGAAGUCUUGGCAUAUUUGGGAAAAUGAGCUUCUGUGUUCCGCUUUGGGGGACUGGAUGCUAGUCAUCUCCAGGACACAGGUCAGUUUUAUGGAGACAGCUCAGCUGGAAUAGAGACGAGGUCUGUUUCUAUAGAACUGAGCAUUUCUGACUGUUCAACAGGGUUUGGCCUAUGGACAGAGUCUGGUUUUAUUUAAUCUUUUUAUCUUCAGAGCACACAACUAAACUAUUAUGGAGAAUGCAGAGUGAGCAGGUGUGAACAUUAUUUAGAAAGUUGUGGGGCGGCGCCUGUGGCUCAGUCGGUAAGGCGCUGGCCCCAUAUACUGAGGGUGGCGGGUUCAAACCCGGCCCCUGGCCAAACUGCAACCAAAAAAUAGCCGGGUGUUGUGGCGGGCGCCUGUAGUCCCAGCUACUCGGGAGGCUGAGGAAAGAGAAUGGCUUAAGCCCAGGAGUUGGAGCUUGUUGUGAGCUGUGUGAUGCCACGGCACUCUACCGAGGGCCAUCAAGUGAGACUCUGUCUCUACAAAAAAAAAAAAAAGAAAGUUGCAUGAUGGAGGAUGGAUAAACUCAGCUUCUAUGACCUCAUCUCUGUUCCUUAGAGAAUUCCCUUUCACCUGUCUCCUCACAUUUGGGAAAGCAAAGACCCAUCCCAGUCUGAGUUAAGGCCGGGCCUUCAGAGUCUUGUUUAUGAGAAUGGAGAACAGUCUGGACAGUACAGAAAUCUGCUCAGAGAUCCUUUUAAGGAGAACCAGACAGCCAAGGAGGCAAAACAAACUAGUUCUCGGUUCUUCAGCAAAGCCCUGAAGAGACACAAGCUAAAAUUUUUCUUGUCCUGUUCUGAAAUUCCAUCAUCUCAUAUAAAACAAUUUUACAACCAAAAUUUGCAACAAAAAUUAAAUAAGCAUAUUCCCUUUGCUCUGAGCAUUUUUGAGUACCUGAUCAUAUUUGUUGAGUAUAUUUUAAGAAUUUUGGAUAGUCUUUUGGGCUCCAAACAUAUUCUUCCCUCCAGUUCUAGAAAGACCUUGCUACCAGGCAAAACUAAGAUGCCUAAGAUGCCUUGCACUAAUUGGCACCACAAAGCUAUAGGCGCCCGCCACAACCGCCCCCCACAAUGACCCAGCACUGGUAAGUUGACCAAGGACUAGAACCAGAGGAAGGCUGCUCAAGCAUUUGGUGGAUGUAAGGAGCAGGUACACUGUAAGGGAAACACCAAGGACAAGUUGGAAUCACAGGAGACAGGAGACAGACAGGGAGUUCACUUGGCCACAGUGGAGAAAGGCCAGAAAGAGGGUGGAAAAUCUUGGGGCAUCCUAGCAGCUCUGUACACUCACAAGCCAUCAGCUAUAUACCCUGCUCAGUACAUAAGAAAAAGAAGAGAAGCUUUGUGUGUUUCAAGGGACAAUAAUUAAAUCAUAAGAGAAGACCAGGUAAAACUAAAGGAAAUUAGUCACCUAAAUGCUUAACAUUUGUGUCUAAUAGCAACCUAUCAUAGUGAUGAAUGUGUAUAUCAUUACAUGUAUGUCAAAUUAUUAUAAAUUUAUAGCAAUUGUUUAUAAUUUAUAAAUUGUUAUAAAUGUUGUUUUUAUAACACUAAGUUCUCUUUCUAAAUUUCUGUUCCAUAAUGUUUGG